AUAUAAAAUGCGAGUAUUCCCACCCUCGAGCUCAAUGGCCGAUAUGCAUACCGAAGGAAUUUACUGUGUCCAAUUUGACAAUGAUAAGAUUGUGAGUGGCAGCCGUGACCAGACAAUCAAGAUCUGGGAUAUCCGGACAGGCGAAUGCCGCACGACAUUGCAAGCUCACAAUGCUAGCGUUCUAUGUCUCCAAUAUGACGACAACUACAUAUUAAGUGGCAGCAGUGAUGCGACAAUUAUCCAAUGGGAUAUUCGCACAGGCGAGAUCAUCCAAGUCCUAGCUGGCCAUGGCGAGAGUGUGUUGAAUUUACGGUUUGCUAAAGACAGGCUUGUCAGUUGUUCAAAGGACCGGACGAUUCGCGUGUGGGACCUCGAGACUGGCACAAUGUUAAAACAACUGAUUGGUCACCGCGCGGCAGUGAACGCACUUCAGUUCAAAGACAAUCGUGUUGUGUCUGCGUCCGGGGAUCGGACAAUCAAACUUUGGGAUAUGGAAACUGGACAAUGUCUACGUACAUUUGACUCUCAUAGCCGAGGAAUUGCUUGUGUUGAAUUUGAUGGCAAUAGGAUUGUUAGUGGUUCUAGUGACCAGACGAUCAAGAUCUGGGAUGUGGCUACAGGAGAAUGCCUGCAUACACUUUCAGGGCACACAGAACUUGUACGGACUCUUCAGAUCGACACUGCAUCUGACCGGAUUGUAAGCGGAAGCUAUGACGGCAGUCUCAAAGUAU